AUCUUUGGAUUGUUGAUAUGUUAUGUUGAUGUAUUGUAUAUAUGCAGCACGUGUGUUGUUUGUCUGUGUCCGCUAUUGUAGUAUGAAUUAAGAUCGUUCACACUUUAUGUGAGAUCAGAAUUACGAAUCGGAAAUGGGCAUAUAUAUAUAUAUUAUGGUUUCAGCCUAAUAUCAGCAAAAAAAAAAAAAAAACUGGCAGCAAGAAAGUGAUAUUUAAUUUUUUUUUAAUGUAGCUUGUUUACAAACAGCAUUGAUACAAAUUUCAGAAAUAUUGUCAGACCGGCCUAGAGCCUGGUUGGACAUGCUACAGAUUUGAACAUGAUGCAUUAGAUUAAUGAGGGAGUCGUCGUUCAUACAUAGCGAGAUUUGAUGUGAACAUUCUCUGGUUACUAGUUUUCAAGAACUCUGGCAGCUUCUUCUGAACUGAAGUUAGCCAUAUGUUGAAUUUAUCCUGUUGAUUGUCAACAUCUUGGCUGGAAGGUUGGCUGGAAUCUCUCUUGCAUGUUGUUGUAUGAUUUUAGUGAAGUGCUACUAGAAAAGUAGACAGUUGUCCCUGCCAUUAUGGAAGUGGAUGAGGCUUCUGAUGUUGCUGACAAGUGUGAGGACAAGCCACUAAGCUAUCCAGCACCAACAUAUGGCAGGAACCCACACUCAGCGCUCCAAGGAAAAUAUGAUGAAAAUAGGUGACUAUGUAGUCAUACAGAGGAAGAAUUAUUCAAAAAUUCACAAAAUUUCCAACAAAUUGUCAGUGAUGAUUGGAAACAACCAAUUGGAACUGGAUAACAUCAUUGGACGACCUUUUUCCACAACCUUCAGAAUGGUGCCAAAGGAAAAGAAAAGAAAUGUUUUUGUGUUGGAGGAGUGUAGCAAGGCUGAAAGCCUUGUUGAAAAGCUUAUAAAGGAUGUUGCCAGUGGAACAGACAAUAGAAAUAUAGUUAGUGAUAACAGUUCUCAAAAAUUAUCCAAGGAGGAGAUUGUCAGUUUGCGUGAUAGUGGAAUGUCUGGUUGUGACAUAGUAAGUCAGCUUUUAGAGAACAGUAAAACAUUUCAGGAGAAAACUGAGUAUUCUCAAAAGAAAUAUUUAAGUAAGAAAGAAAAGAAGUAUUUUGAUUAUGUGUUAAUUAGGAAACCUACUCUACGAUUGGUAUGUGACAUAAUUUAUAAACAAGACCCUAUGAAAAUAAUAGGUUUGCGUUGUGACACACUCUCUCAACUGAUUACUGGUGUAGGUGUCAGUUCAGGUGGGACAUACAUAGUUUAUGAAAGCUCCUGUGAGGGAUUACCGACAGCAGCACUUCUCAAUUAUUUAGGUGACGAUGGAUAUUUAGUACAUACUUUCCCAGGAAUGACACCUCAAAGACAGGCAAUUUUCGCUAUGAAUUAUAGUGAGUCCCAGAAAAAGCGACUAAUCAGUGUUAGUAUCAUGAGUCUCAUGGAAAAAUUAAAUAAAAAAGUUGCUAUUGAAAGUAGUAUUAGUCAUUCACAGACAGGAGACCAUGUACAACAAGAUAUUAAUAACGGAGGGGAAAGUGGUCAUUCGGAACUUACAGGUGUCACUGCUUUUAUGUCUAGUAGCUGUGGUGCAGUGAUGAAUGAGGAAAGUGGAAGGCAUGUAGACGUGUGUCCUGAUACAAAUUUGAAGCAGAGUGUAGAAGAAACAGAGUUCAGUAGGAAUGAACUUUUAACAGGGGAUCAGCUGUCAUGUGAUAGAUCAGAUGAAAAUAAUCAUUUUAUUUUGAAUUCAGGUGAUAUUAGGUUAGAUGAUUCAGGGAGUGGAGUCACACAUCAGACCUUAACAUCAAGUAAUGACGGCCGAGAGGAAGAAAGAAUUUUUCAUGACCUUAAAAGAAAAAAUGCAGUCUCUGAAUUGAACGAAGUAAAGAAACCACGUUGGGAGGUGGAUUUAGACAGAGCUGUGGAUUUGCUGUCACCACAAAAUGUUGACGGUCUAGUUGUUGUUGGACGUGAAGAUCCAGCUGACAUAGUUUUACAGUUGCUACCAUACCUCGCUCCAUCAAGAAAUUUUGCUGUAUAUUCCUGGUGUCGUGAGCCUUUAGUUGAACUUUACAUCAAAUUAAAGAAGGAUGGUGGUGUCAUUAAUGCUCACCUUACAGAAACAUUCUUUCGGACUCAUCAGGUUCUUCCCAACAGAACACAUCCUGAUAUUCAGAUGAGUGGAAGUGGAGGCUACAUAUUAUUGGGAACAGUAGUGCUUCAGCAUUCACCAAAAGAAAAAAAUAAUUAAUUUUAGUAUUUUUUGACAAAAAACUUUAUAUUCAGUGGUGGUGUUAAAUGUUGAAUCAAUACAUCCACUCUUUUUCAUUUUUGAUUUUACCUGUUUGUAUUGAGAAGAACUAGCUAACAGUUUUAUAUGUUCUUGAGACAUCUCAUAUCCACAGCAUGCUCUAGAUAAUUAAAAUUUUAAAAUAAUUCUCUAAAGAAAUAUAUUUUUGUGACAAAAUAUUUCCUUUUCUUAUACAUCAAGCAUAUUGGAAAAAUAUUUUUUAAACGAUUUUACCUUUCUUAGUAAAUGAAGAUCUUGUAGUACAUGAAAUAAAUGGUAGUUACUACUGGAAUGCCAUUUAUCUGAGUUUUCAAGCUAUAUAGUUGAAUUUAUGCUGUUUUGUUUGCACGCCAAAAAUUUCAUAUUAAAUUAACUUACCAAUAUCCUCACCAGUGCUCAUUACAUUGUCAUGUACCUUAGCUGAAAGAAAGUGUUUUUUGAGACAUCCCCACAUUGAUCCUCUACAUUUGAAUAAUAUGUGCUUGUAAAGUUUGGCUUGCAGCACCUAUGUUUACCUGUGCUUCGCUGCAUUAUUUUUUUAGUAAUUGCACAACAUGGUAUGGACAAGCCUUUUUCCUCUUUCAUUUAAAGUUGUAUAAUAGUCUAACCUACAUGUAUACACUGUUUGGAAUUGCUUAUAAAAUCAAGAAAGUGUUCUUUAACAUUUUACGCUUCUCUUAGUCUUUUCUUCUUUUCCUAUUCUUGGUAGCACAAUUAGUAUUCUCAUUUACUGACUUACAACAACUGAUGCAUCUUGAUCAGCAUGAAUGCUGUGUCCUUUAUCAUCUACAUACAUACUCCACAAGUCAGCAUAUGGUACAUGGCAGACUACUGCUAGUAAUUCAUUUGUCUAUUCCACUUGCAAAUGGAGCAAAGGAAAAAACAACUGUUGAUGUGCUUCCAUAUGAGCCUUGAUUUUUCUAAUCUUGCCUUUGUGAUCCUUACAUGAGAUGGAAGGUGCUGGCAGUAGGAUCGUACUGCACUCUGUUGCAAGUGCAGUUCCUCUAAUAUUUUUCAAUAUGUUUCGCAAAAUUAACAUCAUCUUCCCUCCAGAGAUUCCCCAUUGAGUUCACAUAGUAUUUCUGUAAUAUUUCCUGAUGAAAUAUAACCAUUAAAAAUCUAACAACAUGCAUCUGAAUUGUUUUGAUGUCUUCAUUUAAUGUGACCUAGUGGGGAUCUUAAAAACUCAAGCAUUAUUCAUGAAUGAGUUGCAGAAGUGCCCUGUAUGCAGUUUCCUUUGUAGAUGAGGUACACUUUUCUAGAAUUCUCUCAAUUAACCAAAGUUGACCAUUUGCCUUCCCGAUAACUGACCUUACAUGUUCAUUUCACUUUUUAACUUUGCAUCAUCAUCAUCAGCAGCAGCAGCAGCAGCAGCAACAACAACAGCAUUUGAAUAAGAGUAAAUAUCUGGGAGAGGAGUUAAUAGUAAUCAUGAUU